AUGGAGGAAUCAUUUGCCUCCAGAUCUCAACAAGUCCGUAGGAAUUCCAGUAGAGAAGGAUCAAGCAGGGGUAUCGCUCCCAAAUUGGUGAAACUAAAUUCUCUUGUCAAAAGUAUUCCAAAAAGAAGGUUGGAUUCCUCUGUGGUUGAACCUUCCACUGAGCAAAGACCUAAUGAUAAUGAGGAGGAUAAUGAUGUUGAAAUAAUUGAAGUGAAGGUUGAUAUAUGA